AUUCCAUUUCCCUAAUGACCCACCCCUAACAUCCCCAAUACAUUCUCGCACACCAGCAUCAGCACCUCCAGUUCUUAAUAGUAGAGAUCUUACAACUGAAACUGAUGAUAUAGAUGAAUUCGAUUGUGCUAAUAUUUUAAUAGAUCCUGAAGUAAGAUCUCUUGGCAUACUUGAUAUAGUAUUAUGUCAGGAAACUAGAGAAGCAAUUAAAGAGAUUAAAGUUCUUUAUAAAUCAUUUUUUGAUAAUGGAUGGACGCUAACCAAAUUAGAAUUUUUAGAAGCAUAUAUGUUAUUAGAAAAAUAUUAUGAACAAAAGCCCAAUCCAGUUACGGGAAAUUUGAUCCAAGAUGUGGAUAGAAUGCAAAAAGCUCAAAGAUAUUUAAAUUUUUCAAUGGCUUCAUAUGAUUUUUUUGGCCUUGAUAAAAAUGAUUUCAUUUGUUGGGAGUAUGGACAAAAUACCGUUUCUGUACCUAAUUACAUGGUUAUUAGAGAUCCAGAAACAAAUUCUAUCAUUGUGUCUAUUCGAGGAACUAUGAGUAUUGCUGAUGUAAUCACCGAUGUACUAGCACAUUAUGAACAAUGGAACGAUGCACUUGUUCAUCGUGGAGUAUUGCGCAGUGCGCAAUAUCUAGUAGAGCGAUCCUUAAAUGAUAUUAGAGCAGCUGUAAUAAAAUUUAAUGCAAAUUCCAUAAAUAUAACAGGUCAUUCAUUAGGUGCAUCUAUAUCAUCUAUUGUAACUCUUCUUUUGCGAGAAAAAUGUAAAGAUUUACUUUCACGUGGAAUUGAUAUUCGUGCAUGGAAUUUCGCAACUGCACCAUGCUGUUCACAUGAUUUAGCAUGUAAAACUGAGUCCAUAAACUAUAUUUAUAAUUUUGUGAACGAGAAUGACGUUAUUCCAAGGUUGAGUUAUGGUAAUUUGAUGGAUUUUAGAGAGUUGAUUAAAUUUGCUGCUAAUGAAAUAAAGAAUGGAGAAUAUAAAAAGUUAAAGUCGACCGAAAGAUUAUCUAAAAUUUUCUCAUCAAUCGAUUCUUAUCGCACAACUUUAAAAUCCAAUCCAUCUAGCCAAAAGUUAUACAUACCUGGGACAAUACAUUAUUUAUAUAAAGGGUUUUAUCGUUCUCAUGUGAAAUCAUCAUUAGCAUGCUAUACUAGAGAUAUAGUGUGUGAAAUAUCCACACCAGAUUUAUUUACAGACAUUAGCUUACGGCGGAACUGGCUAUUUCAUCAUUUUCCAGAUAGGUACGAUAGGAAAUUUAAAGGCGUUAUAAAAUUUUUGUUAAAAAGAAUGAAUGAUGAAGAAAUCGACAAAAUAGAAAGUUUUUGGAGGAAAUGGAGGAAAAUGGAUGAAGUCGAGCAUGUAUCAGAAGAAGGUGGAAAACGGAUAGAAAAAUGGAUGUCUAGAAGUGGUCAUUUUUAA